CACCGCAGCGGUGGGUAACCCUCCGCGGACGGGCUCACAACUCCUUUCCCAGAUGGACGCUGUCCCAUUUCCCGCCCCCUCCACUGGGAUGCCGCCUCCGUCCUGCACUGCCCUGGGUUGCUGGCGCGGACAAUCCUGGUUUCGGCAGAGCGUAGGGCUCAGCGCCGCUCCGCAGGGAGUGCCGGGAUCAUGACUCAGUACUUGGGAAUGCACCGCCGACUGGCCGGGAAUGAACUGGGAAGUGCUGAGCGCCGCCCCUAGAGUAGUUGCUGGGAAAGGGGACGGUGUCUGUCGAAAUUCAUGUAGGAGGGAGACCAUUGGUUCCAGCAACAUGGAUGAUGUCAGCUUGAAGUUCCAUCAGCAGCUUCUGUUCAUUGAUGAAAGUCUGGUUGCUGAAGAUGUAGCAGCUUUAAAAUUCCUCUGUACUGACUUUCUCCCCUUCAGAAAACUAGAAAGGGUGAAGUCAGCAGUGGACAUCUUUGAGCUUCUCAUGGCUAAAGGAUAUCUGAAUGAGAAAGAUACUUUCCUGCUAGCUGAACUCUUAUACACAAUUAAAUGUCAUUCCUUGCUCAAGAAACUUGGUUAUACGAAGGAGAAAGUGCAGGAAUGUCUGCAUGAGAAGGGAAGAGUGUCUCCUUACAGGCAGAUGCUAUAUGAAUUGUCAGAGAACAUUACCAAUGACAUGUUGAAGGAUAUUAUAUUCCUCCUGAAAAACUGUCUUCCAAAGCGACAGAUAACUCUGUCUGCCCUGGAAUUGCUGAUUUUAUUGGAAAAACAGAGCCUUUUAACUGAGAACAAUGUACAGAUACUGGAGGAAAUCUGUAUGCGUGUUUCACCCAAUCUCCUGGAAAGAGUAAACUGCUACAAAAGGGCAAAAGUGUCUCUGCCUCAGCAGGAGAACACUCAGCCCAUUGAGGAAAUUUCACUGUCUCACACUGGAGACAUCAAAGUAUCCCCUGUGUCAGAGGAGACCUCGAUCAAGUCUGUCGGUUCUAAUAUCAAGGAUAACAAAGAAGCGUGUCUUACCCAAGGCUUCUCUGAAAUAAAGCUGGAGCUGCCUGGAGGACUCAGCAAUGCAGAAAAUGAAUCCGAGAAGGUGAAAAGCUACAAAAUGGAUGGACCACACAGAGGAUUUUGUCUUGUUAUUAAUAAUGUUAAAUUCAAUCAGUCUCUUAGUGAAAGGAGGGGUUCUUUCAAAGAUGCUGAGGAACUGGAGCGAGUAUUCACGUGGCUUGGUCUGGAUGUGAGGAUUUACACAGAUCUGACAUCUCAGAAGAUUAAAGAACUCAUGCAAACUUGGCAGCAGCUGCAAGAUCACAAAGACAGGGACUGUUUUAUAUGUUGUAUUCUGUCUCAUGGAGAGUCAGGAGCAGUCUAUGGGAAAGAUGAGGAACUUGUAUCGAUCCGCACAAUCAUGUCCUACUUCACUGCAAGACAGUGUCCACAGCUGGCAGAAAAACCCAAACUCUUCUUUAUCCAAGCGUGCCAGGGUAAAGAGAUACAGUGUGGUGUCCCUGUUAAAACUGAUGCACGAAUUCCAGACUCAUCUUCCAUGCAACAGAGCUUUUCUCCUUCUGAAAGUAUUCCUGAAGAGGCUGAUUUCCUCCUAGGCAUGGCCACUAUUGAUGGAUAUGUCUCCUUCCGGCAUAUUCAACAGGGUGCUUGGUACAUUCAGGCCCUGUGCAGCAAGCUACAGCUGUUGGUACCAAGGGGUGAAGAUAUUUUGUCGAUUCUUACUGAAGUUAAUGAAGAUGUGGCCAGACGUGUUGACCGCUUAGGCACAAAGAAGCAGAUGCCCCUACCAGCAUAUACCUUAACAAGAAAACUUAUAUUCCCAAUACCUAGAGACCCUCCUCCUUCACAGCAAUAUGGAGGCUUUUGAAAUACAUCCUUUUAUCAGCACAUUUCACUUAAAUGCAGUUCACCACAUGACCUGUUUUAAGGCAGGUAUCCAGAAUCCCGAGGGACUGUUAGCUUCAAGGCAAAGGGUCAUAAUUUUUUUUUUCCAUCCUGGGAAACUGGAGGAGAUGCAGUUAAAACAAUCCAUGUGCUAGCUA